AUGACUUUUCCUGAUGCUGGCGUCUAUUUGAUCCAAAAUUCUAGCAAUCCGGAUAUUUACGCCACCAUCCACGGUACUGAACAUGUACUUCGUGCAGAGUCCUUGGAUGUCCACAAGUACUACCAAAGGUGGCGCGUGACCUAUGCUGAUAAUGAUAGCGACCAGGGAAUCUGCGUUCUCUCCAAGGAACAAGGUGCAGGCAUAUUGGGCGUGAGAUCAUCCGUCCACCAGAAUGCACCUGUCUUCACCCUCUCCGAAUCGCAGUCCUGGAUCCUCACCCAGACUGACGAGGGCUACACGAUCGGCCAGUUUUCUCAACAUGGUGUUUACAAUUGGUCCUACCACACCAAAGGCGAACCAAUCACAGUCGUAGAGAACGGCCAGAGCUGGAAAUUCGUGCCAGAAAACUAA